AUGUUUAUCACAGUAUACAAUCUACCUCCUUGGUUGGCCUUAAAACAUCAAUACAUAUUGCUUCCUUUGAUCAUUCUUGGGCCGACGAAUCUUGGACAAAAUUUGGAUGUUUUCCUACAACCUUUAGUGCAUGAGUUAAAGAUGUUGUUUAUAGAUGGCAUUGAAACUUAUGAUGCUCAUCGAAAGGAAAAUUUCCAGAUGAGAGCUGUAUUGACGUGGUUAGUUAGUGAUUUCCCUGCUUAUGCAAUGUUGUCCGGAUGGAGCACACAUGAUAUUCCGUACCUAACCGGAGAUGAAAUUUGGCAGACAGUCAAACAUUUUAACACUGUUUAUGAAGGGACUCCAUAUGGUCCAAAUUAUAUAAACCCGGAUGGUUUUGGAGUGACACAUAAUUGGGUAAAGAGGAGCAUUUUUUGGGAGCUUCCCUAUUGGCGUCAUUUAUUGAUCCGACAUAACCUUGAUCUGAUGCAUAUCGAGAAGAAUGUGUUUGAAAAUAUGUUUCAUACAAGUGUGGACACCCCCAAAUAUAAAGAUAAAUUUAGCACAAGACAAGAUCUUGAGAUGCUAUGUGACCGGCCUCUUCUAAACCCCGUCCGGGACAAUAAAGGGAAGGCUUGGAUCAAGAAAGGAGACUACACUUUAGAGACGGUCAAUAUUAAAAAAGUUUGUGCUUGGCUGAAAAAGCUGAAAUUUCCAGACGGAUAUGCAUCGAAUAUAAGGAAUUGUGUGAAUGUCAAAAUGACGUUAACGAGGGACUCAACCGAUGGAAGUGCUAAACAUUUAGAACCUUUAGAAAAUGGACCCUCGAACGAUGCUCGGUCUUACAACGGGUACUUUGUAAAUGGUUAUAAGUUCCACACACAAGAAUAUGGUAAAGGACGUGCAAUGAAUAACUAUGGACUAUGCGUGAGGGGGGAGAUGUAUAAUGGCGAAGAGUCAGACUACUACGGCUUAUUGGAUGAGAUUCCAGAUAUUGACUAUUAUGGCAUUGGGUGCUCGGCUGUUGUGCUAUUCAAAUGCACUUGGUUUGAUAAUAUCCGCGGUGUAGUAGUUAUCAAGAAUAAAUUGGUUGAUGUUAAACCUACGUCUGAUAUUCAAACUAAUGACCCUUUUUGUUUGGCAUCACAAGCGAAACAAGUAUUUUAUACACCAUAUCCUGCGGUGAUAAAUGAAUUAAAAGAUAUUUGGGCGGUUGUCAAGACAAAACCAAGAGGGGUAUAUGAAGUCACCGAAGCUGAAACGGAAGUUACGCUUGAUGGAAGCACUGAAGCAAUGGAAUCUUUCAUCUUGAUGAGCGGUUUGAGUUACCGAAUGAAGGCAUCGUCUUUGUCUGACCCUAGUGGCCUUCAAUGUAUCCUUCUUACAGGUGGUUCUGUACCAGGAGCCAGUUCAUCACCUUUGCCUGAUCCUAGUGGCCUUCCAUACAUCCCUCUUAUAGGUGGUUUUGUACCAGGAGCCAGGUCAUCACCUUUUUCUGAUCCUAGUAGCUUUCCACACAUCCAUCUCACAGGUGGUUUUGUACCAGGAGCCAGGUCAUCACCUUUUCCUGAUCCUAGUGGCCUUCAACGCAUCCCUCUUACAGGUGGUUCUGUACUAGGAGCCAGGUCAUCACCUUUGCCUGAUCCUAGUGGCCUUCCAUGCAUCCCUCUUACAGGUGCUUCUGUACUAGGAUUUGGGUCAUCACCUUUACUUGAUGCUAGUGGCCUUCCACGUGGUGGUUUUGUAUCGGGAGCCAGGUCAUCGCCCGACCCUAAUGGCCUUCCAUGCACUCCUUUGUCGGGUGGCCUUUCACGCACUUCAGUUAGGACGGAAAGGUCAGGAUUCUCAGGGAGUAGUAGCAUGGGUGACAUAAAUACCCACAUGGGCUUGACUGAUGCUGUAGUAGAUAUAGGGGUGACUCAAUACCAGUGGGAUCCAAAUGAGGAAGGGAUAAUUCGUGAAGGUUUUGAGAAUACACCGAAAGAUCGCUACAGGGGUAGAAUGAGGGAUGCUACGGAAGCAUCGGUAAAUUCUGCAAGAAAAGCUGGCCACGUUAUCACAGAAAUUAAUAAUAACUUUGAGAUUCUUGCAAAUUACAAUACUGUUGAAAUACAUAUAGAUGUUGGCGACGUUUGUGCAGGGCAAGGAAUCUAA